AUGUCCGCUCCCAAAGGCAGAGCGCCGAAGGAAUUUGUACCUGACUUUUCCAGCAACAUCGGAGCCGAUUUCGAAUUGUGGCUCGAGGACGUUGAUGAUUAUCUGAAAAUUUGUGGAGUUACGACGGCAGCUGAUAAGAAGAGGCUGUUUCUGAACCUUGCAGGCCUCGCUGUCAGGCGUAUUGUUAAAGGAAUCGUAGUUCCUACUCCACCAGCUCAGGCCGAUGGCAGUGCCGGAUGUGAGUACAAAGCUCUGACGGAUGCUGUGAUUGCUCAUUUUCGUCCUGCCACAAACACAACGUCGGAGCGCCACCGGUUCCGUCAGCUUCGCCAGAAUGAGGGUGAGUCUGUCACAUCGUUUGCAGUGGCGGAUCCAGGACUUGGCCGAAGAGGGGGCCCAAGCGGCCGCGACGGACCUUUGGACGGCUCUCCAACGCGAGCUCUCUUAUCUACCGGUCCACUGAAGAACGACCUGAUGUCAGACCCUUUCCUCUUCAUCUCAUAUCUGAAGGGACAAAUCCGUGACCAGUUGAUCGAGGGCCUGCGAUCCCAGGAGCUACGUAAAGAACUUCUCAAAGAGUCAAAGUUGACACUAGCCAAUGCUGUGAGCAAAGCUGUGGCACUCGAGUCCUCUAUCACGGACAGCAAGCUUUAUGGUGACGCUGCAGCUACUCCAUUGUCGAAUUCAUUCUCUCACAUUCACCGUGUUUCACACUCCCAGCCUGCCUCUGCGCACAAGAAGUUUGGGAAGUGCAAGUACUGUGGCCGCUCGCAUCCAAGAGGCAAGCAGCAUUGCCCUGCAGCGGAUGCUACUUGUGGCAACUGCUCGAAAGUCGGCCACUUUACAACAGUAUGCCUGUCGCGCAAGUCUGAUAAUGCGCGCAUGACAUCCGAACAGGUGGAGGAGGAUGACGCCAACUAUUUCUGUGAUUACGCAUUCUCAGUGGAUACUUCUCAGCACCAGCAAUUGUUUCGUAAGACGCUGAUCGUCAACGGCCGUCCCUGUGAAGGACUACUGGAUACCGGUGCUACCCGAUCAGUGCUAACCGAUGAUGUUGUCCAGCCAACGCGAAAGAGUGAUCGAAUCUUGAAAGCGUACAAUGGCGGCGUCAUCUCGACACUCGGUAUGGCUGAUGUGACGGUCUCUGUUGGAUCACGCAGCAUCGUAUGUAGUUGUUUUGUUGUCCCAGUCGCGUCUGGCCGCCAAAUCCUGUAUGGCCAGGACGUCAUCUCCGAACUGGAGUUGCUGACCUCUGCUGAAGUCAAUGUGGUGAACGUGACGCCCAUCUCUAUCACAGUGGACCCUGACACCACUCCAACAGCACUCCCACCCCGUCGGCACGCUUUCAGCAUCCGGGAUGAAAUUGCCAAGGAGUUGGAUCGUCUGGUGAAGCAUGACAUAAUCGAGCCAGUGCGAGAAGCUACUCCGUGGGUCUCACCGUUGGUGCCGGUCAGGAAAUCAAGCGGUGCUUUGCGUCUCUGCGUGGACUACCGCGUCCUAAACAAGAGCGUAGUCCGGGAGCGUCACCUACUUCCCACCGUUGACGAAAUCAAUGCGCAGCUGGACGGUGCAACAGUGUUCUCCGUUCUGGAUGCUGAAUCUGGCUUUCACCAGCUCCCUUUGGCCGCUGAAUCUCGUCCGUUCACCACUUUCGCCACUCACAAGGGCCUCUUUAGAUUCAAGAGACUCCCGUUUGGCAUUGCUUGCGCACCGGAGAUAUUUCAACGUGUGGUGUCUGACAUCCUUGCCGGCCUACCGGGAGUCGUUGUCUAUAUUGAUGACAUUCUCAUCUAUGCCCGCAACCGACAGGAACACGACGAGCGCAUGGCUGCCGUACUCCGUCGUUUGAGCGAAGCCAACCUGCGCUUAAACUGGGAGAAGUGUCGCGUACGCCAGUCAGAAAUCAAGUACUUGGGACACUGGCUGAGCAAGGAUGGUGUGCGUCCUGACGGUGACAAGCUGCUGGCAAUCCAACAGUUGCAGCUGCCGCAGACGUUGACAGAUGUACGUCGUUUCCUUGGUAUGGUGACGUACCUUGGUAAAUUCAUACCGCAGCUCUCACAGACAACUGAGCCGCUGAGGAAACUGGCUCAGCGACAACCAUUCGUCGUUGAUGAUGAGCUGACGGCCGCGUUCACCGAUGCGAAGACAGCCGUGGCCUCGUCGCUAGAGUGCUUAGCGUACUUUAAGCCAUCCUUGGACGUCCCAACCAAGGUAACAUGUGACGCAUCUCCACUUGGUCUGGGUGCUAUUCUGUGGCAGCAAGACAAGAGUGGCACUUGGUUACCUGUCACCUGCGCCAGCCGUUCAUUGUCCGAUGUUGAAUCUCGUUAUUCCCAGUUGGAGCGCGAGAUGCUUGGUAUCGUAUUCUCUCUGACUCGAUUCCGACAGUACGUCCUGGGGAGAUCUGUUCAAGUUGUGACCGACCACAAGCCCCUGAUCUCAAUCGUCCAGAAGCCGUUUGACGAAGUACCACCACGGCUGCAGCGCUGGAUGGUCGCUCUCAUGCCAUACCAGUACACCUUGUCACAUGCACCUGGGAAGCAGAUGGUGUGUGAAGACACAUUGUCAAGAGCGCCUGUCCAAGACUCAACUGCCUCACCAGAAGAAGCUCGCUCUAUGGCUGAGUUCAUUGGCCUGGUCUUGGAAGAGUGCCCAGUCAAUAUCGACGAUAUCGCCAAGGCGACUAGUGAUGACCCACUGUUGCGCAGCAUACAGCAGCGCGUCUUGAUGCAAUCAUGGUCCCAAGUCACACCCGCUGAAGAGCCAUACUACCUUAUCCGAGAUCAGCUGACGACCAUUGACGGCAUCCUGCUAUUCGGUAACCGCUGUGUAAUACCAGAAGCUCUCCGACAUGCCGUACUGCAGUUGGCCCAUGAAGGUCAUCCAGGUCGGGACAUAUUCAAGGAUGCUUUGCGACGACGAGUAUGGUGGACCGGCAUGUCUAAAGAUGCCGACAAGUUCGCCGAGCAGUGUUCAGAGUGUUGGCGCCGUCAUACAAACCCCGCACAAGAGCUGCUGCCAUCAGAAAUUGAAGGAGUGUGGCAGAAACUGGCGGUUGAUCUGGUGUGUAUCGAGGGUCAACAAGUAUUAUCCAUCGUCGACUACGGUUCACGCUAUCCGGAGCUACUUCCCUUGUCAGCUACCACAACCGCAGCUGUCAUUGACCGGCUGAUGGAAGUGUUCGCGAGGUUCGGCCUGCCUAGCGUGUUGGUGUCCGACAAUGGCCCUCAGUUUGCCUCAGCCGAAAUGGCCCAGUUCCUGCAGCGGUUGGGUAUCCAGCACAAUCGAUCAAGCCCACGCUACCCCAGAUCUAAUGGCAUGGUGGAACGUCUUCAUCGAGUCGUCAAAGAGAGAAUUCAAUCUCUACGACCGUCCCUGUCUUUGCAACGCCGUUUGCAACAAGUUCUCUUUGAUAUUCGCAACUCAGUGCACCGAAUGCUGGGCAUGUCACCCAAUGAGGCUUUCUUCGGUCGCAUGGUUCGCACCCGUCUACCUCACCAUUCUACCCCACGCAUUGUGAAUGCUUCUCAUCAGAUUCGCGCCAAAGCUGACAUGGCAGUCUCGCAUGAUAGUCGCCGCGGUGUCCGCCAGUUGCCUAUGCUGCGUCCCGGCACAAUGGUAGUCUUGCAGGAUGGCUAUUCCGACCCAACUACCCCUUGGCGUGUUGUGGAGCAAUAUGGCAGACAAGUCGGCGUCACUGAUGGCAGGCGGAUACUGCUCCGAAAUCGGCAGCAUGUGCGAGAACAUGCUUCACCUGCGUCAUCAACUGCCACCUCUUCUCGGUCUUUGGAUCUCCAGCCAGUUCCGACGCCAGAUCCCCAGCCAGCUACAGAGUCAGAAGUGAAAUCCUCGGCACCUAAUGCAGAUGUGCCGCCUGCUACGCCUACUGCUCCGUGUGAAGCAGGAGUGGAAUCUGAGAUCAAAGAGGCCGAUGCUCAGAUUCAUCCCGAGUCCAGUGACCAAUCACGUCGUCAAUCACGCCUACCACGGCCCGAUGCCCAGUCUGGCUCGCUCUAUCGCGAGGGCUAUGUAACUCGCGCUGGCCGCACUGUCAAGCUCACUGAGAAAGCUGCUGGUGCAUUGAUGUAA